AUGUCGAGGAGCUCCCGGGCGGUGCUGGCCGUCUCCGCGCUGUUCUCCGCCGCCACCGUGGUGGCCGUGCACGUCCAGCAGCGGCGGGAGCGGGAGAGGCUGCACAGUGGAGUUCUCAGAGAUCUUGAGCGUCAAAAUCAGAAAGAGGAGAAUAUUCGCCUGCUAGAAGAGCAGAUUGCUUUGACAAAGCAGCUUAUGGAGGAAAGAGACAAGGAGCUGAUGGAAAAAGGGUCCCAGCAGCCCUAGG